AUGAAAUAUGACCGAGUGAACAGCAUGCCACACGGAUGUGAGUGCUAUUGAUAAUUUGUUUCAAAAAAUUGAGAUUUAAAGCAAGUCAAGCAGACAAUUCGUGGCGUAACAUGUCGAUCCCCUCGACGUCGCCGUCGCGCUACGGAGAAGAGCUGGUGAAUGCGAGUAGAAGGUGAAAUAAUGAGGAAACGAAAUUAUAUUAAAUCAAUGAGUUCAGAAAUAGGAGGAGCCGUAUAGAGUUGGAAGCUCCGCGACCAGCAUCUCGAAGCAGAGCCACGAAAAGCGUCCUCAACGGCUACGCUGCACCAGCCCCGAAUGGUUAUUACAAUCAGUACCAACAUCCUCCGAUGCACUACCAACAGCCUUACUAUGGAUAUCCAGUCGGGUAGGGCUUAUUCAAAUUUAGCUUUUCUAUUUCUCGUUCAGAUACGCGCCCGAAGCCUCGAAUCGUUUUUCUCGGACUCCGAAUCCGUACAUGUCGUACUCGACGUCGGUUAACACGACGCUGAACGCCUCGAUGGAACUUCCACGUCGUCCUGCUUCCACACACCACUACGCGCCGAUGCAAAACCGCACGAUGAGCGAGACCAACGGAAGUUUUAACGGAGCUCCCCCUGCCGAUCGGAAUGGCGGCAGCAGCUUCAGCAAUUCUGGGUCCGAUAACGGUGCGGCAGAUGCCAACGAAACUGAAAGCGAGGAGGAAAUGCGGCGCUACAACUUGCAGGUUCCCAAUUAAUUUGAACCAGAAAAGAAAAUGAUCAAAAAGUCUAUAGAAUGUUUUUGCGGAGGUGUUUAACUGUUUUAAAAAACAUUGUAUUACCUUUCAAAAAAGGGCUGAUUUUUCAACUUUUUUUUGCUUAUAUUUGCGAAAAAAAAAGAUUUUCUGUGGAAAGGGAAGAUAUAGUUCUGCUAAAAAGUUAUGAAAGUUUCGGCGUUUUUCGGAGUAGCAGUGGUAUCAUUGAUUUCAAGGUGAAUAAAAAUUUGGAGUUUUCGGCUCCUAAAUAUAGUUCAAGAUUUAUAUGGUUUGCUACAUAUAGAAUAGAAAAGGGACUGUUCUGAUGUUGCGAAAAAAAAAAUUUCAGCCUUUUAACUGAGUUUUCUUUGCUGAUUCUUCGAAAGAAUACAAAUCUUGUUUUUCAGAACCGCAGAGCUCAAGGAGCACGAUCUGUAGCGAAUUAUCGGGAUCCUUUUGUGGACGGCGGAGAAGCCUAUUACUGUGGCGUCGUCCAUUUGGAUUUGGUAGGACUGCCUUCUUUCCGAGAUUUCACUUCAGGAAACUUGAGGCACAUGUUCAACACGUGAUCAACACAAUGAGUCCUCCAGAAGAGUUUUUCGAACUUCCUCCGAUCGAACGAGUUGCUUUUGUUUUCUACGCCGCCGUGUACAAAAAGCUUUAUCGCGACAUCGAAGAAUUCCAUAAGCGGUUUAACCGCGAAUUCUACAAGUUUGUCUGCGCGGGCGACUCCAACGACAUGGCUCUCUUCAAGGUUUUCUUUUCUUUUGGGCUUUUGUGAAAGUGUUUCUUCAGAUAUGCAAAUCCAUGCAAGAUCAGUAUAACCUCAGGCAGCUGGAAAAGUCGAAGAAGGCCUAUGAAGAAGCAGCGAAAGCAGCGGAGCUGGAAGUGAAGAACUUAGCCGAGUAAUUUUGUAUUGGUCUGCUAUCAUUUGAUUUUUCUUCAGACAGUACGAAGGAACUUUGGUCUUUGACAAUGAAGAGAUCGGAGGCACCAUCACCGCCAAAGAACAUCUGAUGGACAUUGGUUCGCGAAAAAAGAAACGGAACCAAAGUUGAACACUUCGUCCUACAGGACCCGUCAAGUUCAACUGUGCGCAUGCCUUCAUGACCUUCGGUGUGGGUGGCAAAGUCGUGGUGGUUUCUCCGGAAUCUUCCUCUUCUGCGGUCAACGUCGCCGUCGACGACCUCCGCAACUUCCUGCACGAGGACGACCACAGCUCUCGCAUCGUCGAAACGUUUCAACACUUUAGAGGUACCUCGGUUCUUGAAGCGUUCGACAAAGAACAUAACUUCCAAGGUCCACUAAUAGUUGGCCAGACACCAACCCACUCUGUACGGCUUUACAUCCAACGGCAGAUCGAGAACAUCCGUCGAAGUGCCAGCAAAUCGACGUCCAGCUCGGACACGGUCGACGCCUUGUUGCUGUGGCAGCUGCUCGAAAUGAUGGUCCAGCAGCAAGGCGUUCGUUGUCUUUUCUCAGUUUUAUCAGCUCAGCUCCUGUUUUAUCUUUUAGUCCUACUUUGAAUUGAACAGGUGGAAAAAUUAUCUCUUUCUUCUUUCAUUACUCUGAACUGGAGCGGCCAAAAGCGCGCCGAGUUUUUCUCUUCCGCAUACUAUUUCUUCACUCACUGACUGCGAGAAAACGACAAAAUAGCGUGCGGAAGAGAAUGUUCAAGCACGCCUUCACGCGCUCCAGGUCAGAGUAAAGGCUUCUUUUCAAAUCAAUUAGCAGAGAAGAAGUUAGUGCGGAUCAACCUAAAUCAUGUUAUAAAGGAUAGAAAAAAGAGCAAAGAAAAAACAAAAACAUAAAGGAUAGAAAAAAGAGCAAAGAAAAAACAAAAACAAAAAAAAAGUUUUUGGUAACCAUAGCUUAGAAAAAUACCAUAUAAAUCGAAAGCAAAGAUAUUAAAAGAGCAGUCACCAAAAUAUGAACUUGGAAAACUCGAGAAAAAUGAUCAUUUUCAAAAGGAAUUGAUGAGCACUGAUAUGCUUUGGUAUUGAAUUAUUAUGCUUGAAGAAUCAGAAAACUCGAAUUAUUUACGUAGGAAGUAAGAAAUUUUUCUCUAACUUUGUUCAUUGAAAAAUAUGUCUUCUAGAUAAAUUUUUCAACUGUUCCUCUUUCAGCGUGUCACGGGACCGGACGUAGCGACGCUUCUGACAAGUGCGAUCGCCUCUAUGAAUUCGCGAUCUUCGACUCCAGUUGCGGAACACGCGACAACGACGGCGUCAACUGAACGUCGCGGAAUGAAGUCGCCAAUCGACCGAUUCACCGAUUUUCUUCUUGGUGGACAUAUCGAUGUCAGUUUUUUGUAUGGAAUGAAUGGAGACUACUAAAGUUUUUAAUUGGUCUCACCUGUACGGAGUUUUAGAAAACCUAAUCAUAGGAUUUUAUUUCAACUUCGAUGCUUUUAUUUCAGUUUGAGUGAGUUUCGAAAAAAAUUAAUUAAAGGAAUCAAAUGAAAAAAAUGAAUGGAUCGAGUCCACGAAGAUUUAAUCAUAUUCCCGUUCCCAUGCUUUCCUGGUGUUGUAUUAUUCUAAAUUUUAUAAUUUGUAAGCUCGAAAAUUUUCCAGGAAGCCGUGGAAAGCGCUGUUUCGGACGGUCUCUACGCAGACGCUAUGAUGUUAGUCCGCCGACUGUUUCCACAUGACCCCAGGAAAAUUGUGGCUAUCGAAGAACGUUUCUUGGCCCUUCGAUCUUAUGACAAUCCCAUCACAACGCUCAUUUCUGUGGCGAGCGACCAGCCUCCUCCUGUUCUGGUCUUUCUUCUAAAUAUUCCAUUGAACUUAUUCUUCUGUUUCCAGACCAAUCCGCCCCUGGACGACCAUCGAAGCUGGAGGAAACACGCUGCGAUCGUUCUGGCCAAUCUAAACACUCCCACCGCCAUGAGAACGGUUUCCACCUUUCUUUCUGAGCAAUAAUGAUCCCGAUGUUUGAAGAUUUACCACCUUGGUUUGGCUUUGGGCAAAAGAAAUCUCCACUGCGCGGCUGACUUCUGCUUGUUGGCGGUUUGUAUCCUUGCUGGCUACGAUCCGUUUGUUCCGGUCGUCGAAAUGUAACUUUCUUUCCAACUCUGGGCUUUUCUCAUCUUUUUGUUUGAAGAGAGGGCGACGAGCACUUCCGACGUCACAUCACACUCAUCCACUCUGGAAUGCUUCCGUCUGAAGCAGAAGGGGAGCAGUACAUUUCCAACGGAAUGAAAAUCAACGACCUCCACGCAACGGAAGUCUUUGACUUCGCCUUGCGACUAGCGAACAACGAUUCCCCUUUGUCGCGUUCGGUGGAGUAUCAGACGGCGCGAAUCGAAUACGCUAAAUUGUUGGCGUCGUACGGCGGAUUUGCGACCGACGCUUUCAGGUGGAGUCUUAGUUUAUUUACGACGAAUUUGCAUCGUUAUCUUUAUUUGAAAAAGGAGAUAUUAGAAGGGCACAACUAGAAAGAAAGCAUUUUUUUUUCUCUUUUUUUCAACUUUUUUUUUAGUAAUCAUUUCCAUACCAUAUCGGUAGGUUGCCUGCGAUAUUUUUGAAGUUAGAUAAUCGAAAAAGACUUUUUUUAUAGUUACUGUAUGUACUUAUUUCACUGGAGGAUAAAUUUUGGAAGUGCAAAAUUUUCACUGUGUUACUUCAGGUACUGCACGGAAAUAGCGCGCUCCCUCUGGCCGUACUAUCAAGCUUUCUCUAAAGAAACCCUUUUGGAACUGUGCGAUCUUACGGAGAAGUGCGUUUCCUGGGUUUUCCUCGCUAUUCUCUUUACUUCAGACUGAAGUACAUCGCUUCUGCGACUGAUGCCGAAUCGGAAUGGAUAGACGGUCUCCGGAUCAUGGUGCAGCAGAUGGAUGGAACUUCUUCCGUGGUUCCACCUGCAGCCAUACCUACGCAACCACAAGUCGACCAGCAACCGCCUCAAGACUUCAUCGAAAACGUUUGUACUCUCAUUUUUUAGACAAUAAAUAGGGGAUAAGUAAGUUCAAGUGAUGUGAAAAAAUUUAUCUGCCGAUAGGGAAGUCAGGCAAUCAUUUCUAAGAAUCUCGAGAAAUUUAAACGCAUCCUCAAUUUUUUAAGUUCAUCUUCAAUAUUCUCAACUUUUGCUAAGUUCUCUUGAGCCGUUUUUUCAGAUCUGCUUUAUUUUCAGAAUUCACAAGUGGUGACUGAACCUUUAAUGACGGAACUAACACACACCGAGGCCGGCAAGUCGAAGUUUUUAUUCUUUCUUGAGAAUUUCCAAAUUUACUCUUUCCAGCGAAAAAGACGUUCUUCGGAUUAAUUCUCGGACGCAGGAUUCCCAUCAACGAGAAUCCGAACGAAGGUUCGACGCAUCCAAUUAAACAAUAUUUUUCGUUUUUCAGAAUGUCAACGCUGUCAAAUGAAGCGCAGGACUGGCACAGCGACCACCAACAACCGCUUGAAAUGCACUUUGGAACGACUCAAAGCGUAGGUGUUUUCUUCCGUACAAAUUUAUCAACCUUUCAUUUAUUUUUUUGUUUUAGUCAUAGAUUAUUGGACUAGGCGGUGAACAAGAAUUUUUUAAAGCUAUAACGAACAGCCGCCUCUGGCAAACUAGAAGUCCAAAUGUGUAGUUGAUCAAGUUGAAAGCAUGGUCUUACGGUCUUUCGCCUCGUUCUUCUUCCCGUAGUCCACCCAGUUGCGCCUUGAUUUUUCACGGAAUGGCAGUAUAUACCUGCAGAUAUCGAAGGAUACAGGGCGGGAAGCUCCGUCGGCCCUCCAAAAGUCGGAAACUUUCGUCAUUUCAACGCCAACGAAACCGGUCUCCAUCCCGGGAAAUGAGCUUCCUGCAGACGUCGUCUCGUCUCCGGCGUAUUUGACCCCGGCGGGUUCUCCUCAGCAGGGAUAUGACCUGCCUUCCAUGAAUAUCAACAACGGGGUGAGGAAAUCAUCACGAAACGUAGACCUAGUUAAAAUAUAGAGACGACUUUUUUUUCUUUCAGUUUUAUUGAAUUGAGAAAAAAUAGAGACUUCUCAAAAUUUUUCAACCCGUUUUUCAUAUUUCCUGAUGUUCACUGGUUUUUGCAGCAUAGUCUUUUUUCAUUCGUAACCUUGUGGUUUACUCUUUCUCAACUUAUUUAUAUAGAUUUUGGUAGAAAAACACAUCUGAAAACGAUCUUUUGAACGCAAUAUUUGAACUGAACGGCUUUGAGUUUUCAAGACUCAACGAAAUUUUGAAUUCUAGGACGGUCAUUGUAUCGAAAAGUUUGUAUCCAUGAUUUUGUCAAAAACUUACAUGAACAGAAAAUUGUUUUCAUUGAACUCUUUCAGGUUCUUUCUAAGCCUGUUACGCAGCCGGCGUCUCCGAGUUCCGAACUCGACGACCUCUGGGCCAACGCUCCUUUGCUCCCUGCCGCCAAUCCCACGAAAACUUCCCCGCCCAACGGAAUAUCCAAGCCAACAGCUUCUGCUCCCGUCAUUUCCACACAUCAGCCUCUUCCAGAGCCCAAGGCGAUUUUGCAUGUUUGGUCAGGGACUGAAAAUCUGUUUUCAGAGCUAUGAACCUCCUUCGAAGCCAGUAGUCAGUGGGAACGUGCCGAAGGCGUCGUUGGAUUCUGGAGGAGAAAAUGUAUGUUAUCACAAAAUUCAAAUUAAAAAUGCUGUAAAAAGUUGUUUCAAAACGUAGAAACUUUCUUAAAAAUAAAAGUAGUGGGAAAAAAACACCCUAAACAAGGUGUGAUUCUUUUUGAAAUUUAUUUUCAACGGUUGGAAACUCCUAACCUUUUUUUCUGGAAGCAGCUUUCUGAUCAAAUUAAACCUCGGAAAAAAAAUAUAUUUUGGUUUCUGAGAAUAUUUUUAAAAAAGAAUGUAUGCCGAAUAGAGGGAAUUGCAGAUGAAUUUUAAUUUUGAAGGGAGGAAAGCAACAGAAGAACUUUUCGCGCGGAGGAUGGUUCGGAUCGUUACGUCAGAAGGUUAUGAAGUCCAUGCCUUCAGCGAAUCCGAUGAUUCUGCCAAACGACAAGAAGCCGACGGUUGGAUCUUUUUCAAAUCGUUUGACGACCUUCUUCAGAUCGUUUGGGACCCUGUCAAGAAGCGGUACGUCGGUGAAGGCGUCGAAGAAGAGACGGCGGCGCCGCCUCCGCCAGUCGCCGACCUCAGUUCGAUGCCGCCGCCAGCCAACCUCAGCACGAACAGCCUCAAAUCUGUUCGUACGAGUGGAGGCGCCCGCUACUUCCAGCAUAACGGCCAGAACCAAGGUCAAUCGGCAGCUCCGGACCUCGGACCACCGCCAAUGAUGCCGCCGACCAUGGCACCCACGGCUUUCGAGUUUAUGCCGACACCUGAUGGUGGGCUUUUAUUUAUGUUCAAGUUAAGGAUUUAUUUCACGAGUACACAUUCUCUCAACACUCUGUGAGACUUCUAAGUGUAUCGAAAGUUUGUUAGAAGAUGCUUCCUAGGACGUCGGCGAAUGAAGUCAUGAAUCUUUUUUCUUGAGAUAGUUUUUAAAUGGCAAAGUAAUGGUUUUGAGGUCACGAGAAUCUUUUCUAAAAAUUAAAAUAAAAUAUUUCAAAAGCAGGAGGCGGUUACUAUUGCACGGUUGUGAGUUUAUUGAUAUUUUCAAAUUUUAGCGGCUAUUCUCUCGCAGAGUUUUCAGUGCUUUUUAGCUCAUUUCCAUUUCAUCGAGAAAAACUGCCUCUGCUGGUUUUGAAUGUGUACAUUACUGGGAGAAAAAGUGACAUUUCAAAAUUCAAAGCGUCUUGAUGCAAGAACGGAACUUUUUCCAUUACUUUUCCUAUCCGAACCUAGUUUUCACUUCGAAUAAACACUUACGUUCAAAGAUUUUUGCGAUUUUAUUCCUUCAGACGACGAGGCAACGGUUGACCCUUUCAGCGGUGAUACUCUAUCAUCUCCUGGAGAGGAUCAAACUGACAACACUCGCCAAUAA